AUGGGCUUUUUAAUGUCUUUUAUAGUCUGGCUGUCAUGGAACACUACGUCCCUCUCUGUCACUGCAUCGUCCGACACCCUCAGGCAAGGUGAUCGCCUGAAUUCUUCUUCCUUCCUUUUCUCGGAGAAUCAACUCUUCAAGCUUGGAUUCUACACUGCGGAGCUGUAUUCUGGUCGCAGUUACUUAGCAAUAUGGUGCAAGAGUGAUCCGGCCAACAUUCCAGUAUGGAUUGGCAACAGAGACACAGAAAUUGACCACAAUUCUUGUGUUUUGGCCAUAGACGGUGCAGGUAAUUUGAUUAUCGCAGAUAAUGUUGGGAAGCGGAUUGAGCUAUACAGCGCUCCAAGCGGCAUCAACACAACUGCUACUCUAUUGAACACCGGGAAUCUCAUUGUGAGAGAGGUGAAGAGCAAUGAUACUGAAUCAGUGUUGUGGCAAAGCUUUGAUUACCCUUCCGACACUCUUCUUCCUGGGAUGAAAUUAGGAGUGAAUCCCAGGACCAGCAAGAAAUGGACGCUUACGUCGUGGUGGAAUAUAGAGGUGGGAGUUACUGGGGCUUUCACCAUGGAAUGGGAUCCCAUCGGACGCGCGCUCAUCGUUAGGCGCCGAGGGAUGAAUUUUUGGACCUCUGGGGUCUUAGGGGACGAAGGCUUUGAGUUUCUAGAGACUUCUUCUUAUUAUAUACUUCACGAAUUUAGGAAUGUUACGAGCGAGGAUGAGUACUUAUACUUUUCACUCCGCGGAGAGGGAAGUGAUAGGUUUAUAUCGGGAUGGCGGUUAAGUGAUGAGGGGUCAAUCUAUGAAUCCGGGAUGGAGAUUUCCGAUGGCACUUUAUGUUAUGGCUACAAGAAUGAUUUUAAUAAGGGGUGUCAAUUAUGGCAACAGCCUGAGUGCAGGAAUCAAUACCAGUCGUUUCAGAAAACAUCCGGGAUGGUUGAAGAACCGCAAAAUGAUCGUGUUGGAAACUUGAGCUUCAGCGACUGUAAAGCCAACUGUUGGGAUGAUUGUGCUUGCUUUGGCUUUCACUAUGAUGUAAACGCAACUAGUUGUACAUUUUAUCGAGGAAAUCAGAGUCAAUUUUAUGAGCAUUUAUACGGUGACCCACCAGAACGUUAUCUUCUUACUGACCACCCAGACCCACCAUCAUUCCACGUACACUCGGGAAGGAAGUGGAUAUGGAUUGUUAUUCCUGCAAUAAGUGCAUUUGUUUUACUCGUCUUUGGUUGCUUGUGCUACCUAAGGAGGAGGAGGAGGAAGAUCAAACUCAAUGGGCCGCGUGAUGAUGCCACUGACGGAUACACGGACUCGGAAAAUGGUGAGAACAAGAGUAAUAAUCUCAGAGCAUUUAAUUUUCGAGACAUAACUGUAGCUUCAAAUGACUUCUCACCGGAAAACGAGCUCGGAAAGGGUGGUUUUGGACGCGUUUAUAAGGGAAAGUUGCCGAACGGAACUGAGAUAGCAAUAAAGAGGCUCUCAGGAAGGUCGAGUCAGGGAGUAGAGGAGUUCAAGAAUGAGCUCGUACUCAUAGCCAAACUCCAGCAUGUGAAUCUGGUUCGUCUUCUAGGAUGUUGCAUUCAUGGAGAUGAGAAGAUGCUUAUCUAUGAGUAUAUGCCCAACAAAAGUUUGGACUACUUUCUGUUUGAUCCUAUUCGAAAGGAGCAACUCGCUUGGCAGAAACGUUUCAGCAUCAUUGAGGGAAUAGCUCAAGGACUACUUUACCUUCAUAAAUACUCAAGACUGAAGAUCAUUCAUAGAGAUCUGAAAGCUAGUAACGUAUUGCUUGACGAACAAAUGAACCCCAAAAUUUCUGACUUUGGUAUGGCAAGAAUUUUCAAGCAGAAUGUGUUGGAAGCAAAUACCAAAAGGGUUGUUGGAACUUAUGGCUACAUGGCUCCUGAAUAUGCCAUGAAGGGCAUGUUCUCAAUAAAAUCUGAUGUGUUCAGUUUGGGAGUGCUAAUACUUGAAAUUGUGAGUGGCCAGAGGACCAACAGUUUCCAUCAAAUUGACGGCCCACUUACCCUAAUAGAACAUGCAUGGGAAUUAUGGAACAAAGAUGCGGCACUAGAGCUCAUGGAUCCAAUGCUAACCCAUUCAUGCACAAAACAACUGCUAAGAUGCGUUCAUGUGUCUCUGUUAUGUGUACAAGACCAUGCAGUUGAUAGGCCAACCAUCCCAGAUGUUAUUUCCAUGUUGACUAAUGACUCCAUUGCUUUGCCGCAGCCCAAAAAACCGGCAUUUGUUUUUGGAAAAGGGGUUGAUGAGGGAGGUUCAAACAAAAGCAUGCUGGAAAAAUGUUCAGUGAACGAGCUUUCCUUUUCUUUGGAGGUUCCCAGAUAGAGGCUUGUCGAUCCCUUUGUGAUUUUCUUCCUUCUUUUUAAUUUCUAUUGGUCUGUUGUGGAAUAGGUUGCAUCGGGGUCAAAGAUUUUUCCACACAAUUAGAAAGUUUUAUGAUCACUCUUAGUUGAUAUAUGAUAGUACAUUCAUGCCAGUUCUUGGUCUAGUGUGGAUUCUCAAGAGCAAGUCUAUUUAGGUUUAAUUAAUUCACCAAGUAAUGUUAUCCCCAAUAACGGGUCAGCCGGAGCUGACAGUUUCAGUUUUCUGUGUUGUUAGUCUUCCUGUUGUUAAGGAA